CGAGGGAGCGGCGCUGCCGGCCAAGAGCGCAGGCCCGGCCAUGACCGACUUCAAAUUGGGCAUCGUGCGGCUCGGCCGGGUGGCCGGGAAGACCAAAUACACACUGAUCGACGAGCAGGACAUCCCGCUGGUAGAGAGCUACUCCUUUGAGGCCCGAAUGGAAGUGGAUGCAGAUGGAAAUGGCGCUAAGAUAUUUGCCUAUGCCUUUGACAAGAACCGAGGAAGGGGCUCUGGGAGACUCCUUCAUGAGCUGCUGUGGGAGCGGCACCGGGGGGGCGUGGCCCCGGGCUUCCAGGUGGUGCACCUCAACGCCGUGACUGUGGACAAUCGCCUGGAUAACCUGCAGUUGGUGCCGUGGGGCUGGCGGCCCAAGGCCGAGGAGACCUCCAGCAAACAGAGGGAGCAAAGCUUGUACUGGCUUGCAAUUCAGCAGCUGCCUACAGACCCCAUAGAAGAGCAGUUUCCUGUCCUAAACGUGACCCGGUACUACAACGCCAACGGGGACGUGGUGGAGGAGGAGGAGAAUUCCUGUACCUACUAUGAGUGCCACUACCCGCCCUGCACGGUGAUCGAGAAGCAGCUCCGGGAGUUCAACAUCUGCGGGCGCUGCCAGGUGGCCCGGUACUGCGGCUCCCAGUGUCAGCAGAAGGACUGGCCGGCCCACAAGAAACACUGUCGGGAGAGGAAGCGUCCCUUCCAGCAUGAGCUCGAGCCGGAGCGAUGACGGGCGGGGCAGCCGCACACAGUCGCAGCCCCCGGGCUCUGCCCUGGGCACAGCAGAGACAAACUCGUGGUUGAACCUGGAGGUGCCGAAAAAGCCAGCUGCAGGCCCGGGACGGCCGCCGUGAGACUCCCGACGUUACAGGCAGCCUGUGUGGGCACAGCGCCCUCAGUGUUCAUCCCCAGCAGGGACAGGAGGAGGCUCCACCGGGACGGUUCUCAUUAUUUAUAUGUUAAUAUGUUUGCAAACUCAUGUACAGUUUUUUUGGGGGGGAGGCAAAGGGAAGGGUAGAAAUUACAAAUAGAAUCUUUUGCUGUAAUCCUUGAAUGGCAAAUGGUCAGGCCACGUGUCUAAAAACUGUCCUGUAGCUGCAGCUUCGCCCCACGGAGCGCGGCCUGCACGGGAGCUGUGUCCACAGAGGCAAAGUAAAGGGG